UGUGUGCUCUGUUGUCGGGAUGGAGGGCGGAAGGAGCUGUGGGAAGCACUUCCGGUCGGUUGGAUGGUGUAAACACAGGGAACAGGAAAGCUAGGUGUGGAGUUCUGCGGUUUCGGUACUCUAAAGGAUGGAGCUAAGGCUCUCGAAUAGUUCUCAUAAUUGUGUUUUGUGGUUGUGCAGCCUUGCGUUAUGCGCCAUUAUAGGUAUGUAUCCAGUUGCUUCUAUAGAAGUGUACACUCCUGCUGAGGUGUAUGUAGAAAAUGGCACCACAGGAAUACUUAAAUGUACAUUCAAAUCGAAUCAAGUGAUCAGUAGUCAAGCAUCAGUGUCCUGGUCCUACAUCCCGGAGGGCUCUUCAGAUUCUGUUGGUGAAUAUAUCUUCUACUAUGCCGGUGGCAGAGGGUUCCCAGACAGCAUUCAGUUUAAGAGCAGAGUUGAGUGGGCGGGGGACCUGAACAAAAAGGAUGGCUCCAUUCGCAUCAGUAAGAUGCAGUUCUCCGACAAUGGCACUUACGCAUGCGAUGUGAAGAACCCUCCUGAUAUAGCAGGCAAAUCUUCAUUGACUAAGCUCAGAGUUGUGCAGAAAGAGGCCCUGCCUCAGACGAGCCCAGCAGUGAUUGUGGGCGCCGUCAUCGGCGCAAUCAUUGGCGUCAUCAUCAUCGCUGUAGUCGCAUAUCUGUUAAUAAGAGUAAUGCGGUCCUCGCGUGACUACGAAGGCCGCAGCUGCACCUCCAUAGAGGUGAGCACACAGGCGGCUCGGCCGGGGAAGAAAGCUGAGUCCAGCACAGAUGGCUCACGCUGUAGCAGCCCCUCUGCUCCUGUACAGGGCCCGGUGAUAUAUGCUCAGCUCGAUCACUCUGGCAGUAAGAACUCCUUCCACAAGAUGGAGCCCGUGGUGUACGCUGACAUCCGUAAGAACUAGAAAGAGAGCAAGAGAACAAAGAGUAGUGCUCACUCUUCCAGAAACACUCCAUUUUUAUAUAUUUUUUUUUCCUUAAAUAAACAAAUGACAUUCUCACAUGUUAAUCAUGUCCCAUAUACUGGGAGGCUUCAGAUAACAUGAUGUUAUUGUGCUCAGAAUUAUUACCACUCCAAAUGCAGUUACUGAUUAAUUCCCCCGUGCAUGUUGCUUAUUAUGCUGCAUCAUCCUGCUUUCAGACCUCUCAGAAGCAAGGUUUGAAAAAUUCAGGUACUUGGUUUACUGCCAUUGUGCUUUAUCCCACUGAAGAAAUGCCUGGUAGAGAUAUUGUUUAAUAUAUAUAUAUUGUGAAUAUCUGACUCAGUAGGUUAAUGAUGCAAUCCUAAUACACUGCUUUGUCUUACUGAUUUAAAUAGGCAGCAACUCAACCCACAACAAAAGGUCAUGACCAAAUGAGCUCUUGAUUUUACAGACCAAAUUCCAACUAAUUGUACAGAUCUGUGUGCUUAGUUCAAAACUUUGCAGUGCUUUUUAUAUUUUUUUUAAAUAUUUUUCCCCUUGUUUUUAAGUAAUACUAACAGCAAUGAGCAAGUUCAUCACAAACAGUUUAAACAUUUUAAUUGAAUUCGGUGAAAAAAAUUCUCAACUAUUCUGCAAUGUGAUGUAAGACCAGGCUUAAUAUAUGUCUUGAAAAAUGGUCAUGGCAGAGUAUAUUAUUUUUUCUAACAAUCUUACUGUACUACAAACAUUCAAAAUCUUUUUUUUUUUUUUUUUUUUUUUUUUUAAUUUCAGGUUCAGAAAUUCAGGUUCCAAAGUAUUGUCAUUGCCAUCCUUUGUAAGGAAUUUUCUUCCAAAUGCUAAAGUUUAGUUAUAGCUGUGUAGCGGCAGUGCAGUUGGUAGGAUAUUUAUGUCUGCUUAGCUAUACUGUAAAUGAUCAUCUCUGUUACAUUAGUAGUUAGUUUAAUAGAGUAUGUCAUUGGUGUCAUUAGAUAUAUUCCAAGUUGAUCCACUCAGUAUGCUGCAUUGCUGCCUCUGUUUUGUGACAUGCCAAAACGGUUGAUUUUGGGAAUGGUUUUAAACAUUCCUCUGUUUUUGUUUUUUUUUUUCCCUCUGUAAGUCUUAAUUGUUUAUCUCUUUGCACAUUAUGGGGUGACAUUGUAGCUUUGUUUACUUUAUGGUUUGUUUUAGAAAUAAUGGUAAUCAUAAUCAAAACCAUGACAUUCCUUUCAUUUAAUAUGAUGCUGGACCUUUGUCAUGCAGUCUUGUGUUUUGAAAUAGCAUGUAUAUAGAUUAUUGUUUUUAUUUGAAAAAGGUCUUUUGUUGCCUAUUAAAACUCAGACAGUCUUACAAAUCAAUUAGGAAUAUGCUCUCGAGUGCAGUUUACAUCGACAUUGCACCAUUAAAAUGUGACUGAUUUCCGAGUCUUUCUGUGUUGUGUUGGAAAGUAUGCGUUGUGCUCUGCAGCAUGUUUUGACUUAUAGCACUAUUGUCCUUAAGUUUCCCGGUAAGAAAAGUGUGUUAAUGCAGAUUAAUGAUGUUAAUGAUAUGUUAAUAAUGUGACCAUUCAUUGAGAACUGGAAUGUUGUGAAUUAUAGUGCCUUUUUCGCAUUUCAUGUACUAACCCGGUCCCAUUCCGUGUCCUGUCCACUCUUGUUUUGUAUAUGAAACAUGCGCUAUCUGAUUUCUUUUUAUACAUAUAUAAAAUAUAUAUGAAAAGUCAGAAUAUCCUGAUUCAGCAUUUUGCAUUUUUACAGCUAUGUGAAUGAGCUUUGUAUAUGAUUUUUACAUAAAGUUGCUGAUUAGUAGUUACACCCUAAUUCAUCCAGAGUAAAUAAGAAACAGCCAGAUGCUCUUUUCAAAGUCACAUUUAAAAAUUUUAAUUUUCCAGACAUUAACUGGUAGGUUUUCACUGGCAUAAAAGGAAAAGUCCUUUAACCUUCACAUGUACAAAAAAUGGACAGAAAAGGUCUUUUCCCCCAAAAUCCUUCUUCUAGUAAAUAACUUUCUGUAUAUUCUUUCUUUUUAGGAAUUGUUGUGACAAACUAUUAACUAUUAAAACUGUAAAGCUUUCUGACUUUGAAGAUUAUAUUCGUUUUGUUCAUAAUUUGAACUAGCAUCUUUUCAUUAGAAAAACAUGAGACGUGCAGUCUUAUCAGAUGGAGCACUGUGUUUUGUUUUAAUUUUCUUUCCUGACUGUUAAUUUACAAAGCACACCAGGAAAUGUAUCUAAAUUGGGAUCCAGAUUUGGAAGCUUAACCAUCUCAUUAGCUGAAAUAAAAUAAUGACAAACGGA